UGUGUGUAUACGUGUGUGUGAGUUUGUGCGCACUCACUCCUUUGAACGUAUUAGAUGGGGAACAUGUUUUGAGUCUUCAGGAAAGAAAGGAGGAAUGAAGACCGCUCCACAUGAGAACAUAAGGAAACAUUUCAAACUUUUCUCAACGUUUAUGUUCUUAUUACAUGCAUGUGAGUGUGUGGAACUUCUUUAGUAUUCCUAAAAACAAAAGGGCAAAAACAGUUUGCAUGGCACUGCUUGUUUUUAUGUAAUGCAUGUUAAUUAAGAAGAGUGUUUCUCGUCACUGACCCUAACACGGUGGGUAAAAGCUGUAGUAAAAGCAUGCCUGUGCAGACAACAAAGUGUGUUUUUUCUUUUACUAAUAAAUAUGAUGUUAAUAAUCAGGCAUCCUUUUUUACGUGUUUAAGCCAGGAUUUACUUUCUAUUUCCAUUUCUUUUUAUUUCUUGUCUAUUAAAUCACUUUACUUGCUGCAGUAAAUCACUACCUUAAUUACUACCUUGUUUUAACAUUAAACAUGUCCUCCAUUACACGCUCCACCAUCCUCUUCCUUUUAUUGCUCUCACAUUCAUAUGUUUUUGCCGGGAUGGACUCCUGCCAUGAUGAGAACGGAAUACCAAGUGUUUGCAUGCCUAAAUUUGAGAACGCAGCUUUCAACCGCACCAUAAUGGUUUCAAAUGUGUGCGGCUCUCCACCUGAGGACUAUUGCAUGCAAACGGGUUCCACACGCUCCUGUCGCCAUUGCGACGCUUUGAGCCUUGAGACAAACCACAAUGCCACAUAUCUGAAUGACUUCCACAGUGAUGAGGAACCUACUUGGUGGCAAAGCCAGUCCAUGUUCUAUGGAGUGCAGUACCCCAACUCUGUCAAUCUCACACUACACUUAGGUAAAGCCUAUGAGAUUACAUACGUCCGGUUGAAGUUCUUCACCAGCCGACCAGAAAGUUUUGUUAUUUACAAGCGUACAAAUGAAACAGCACCUUGGCAGCCAUACCAGUACUACAGUGGGUCAUGCCGUAAGACCUACGGGAAGGACUCCAAGGGCUUCAUCCGACCUGGAGAGGAGGAAAGAACGGCACUAUGUACCGAUGAGUUUAGCGACAUCUCUCCGCUAACAGGAGGAAAUGUAGCUUUUUCAACCCUUGAAGGAAGACCCAGUGCCUACAACUUCGACCAGAGCCCAGUGCUCCAGGAAUGGGUGACUGCUACAGACCUACUGAUCUCUUUGAACAGGCUGAACACUUUUGGAGAUGAGUUUUUUAAGGAUGCCAAAGUGCUACGCUCCUACUUUUAUGCCAUCUCAGACUUUUCUGUGGGGGGCAGGUGCAAGUGUAAUGGGCAUGCCAGCGAGUGUGUGCCAAAUGAGCAAGGGAGGUUGGUGUGUGUGUGUGAGCACUACACUGCUGGAAAAGAUUGCCAACAUUGUGCCCCAUUCUACCAGGAUCGCCCAUGGACUCGUGCCACUGCAGAUUCUGCCAAUCAGUGUAUUAAGUGUAACUGCAGCGAACGUGCGAAUGAUUGCGUGUUUGAUGCGGAGCUGUACCGCAGUACAGGUAGCGGUGGGCGCUGUAUCGGCUGUAGGGAAAAUACAGCAGGGCCGCAUUGCGAACACUGCAAAGAGAAUUUCUAUAGAUCGUCUCCACUGCUUCCCUGCAACGACUGCAGCUGUAGCACAAUGGGCUCUGUAAGUCUGCAGUGCGAUGAGAAAGGGACAUGUCUCUGCAGGCCGAGUGUGAUGGGGGUAAGGUGUGAUGUCUGCAAGCCUGGAUUCCACUCGCUUGGACCAGGGGGCUGCAGGUCGUGUGAGUGUGAUGAAAGAGGCAGUGUAGGCGUGUGCUCAGCUAGAGAUGGAAGAUGUCACUGCAAAUCCAAUGUGGAAGGACACUCAUGUGACAGAUGCAAACCUGGCUCCUUCAACUUCCAACCUGACAAUCCACAAGGCUGUCAGAUGUGCUUCUGCUUUGGCCACUCACGAGCAUGCUCAUCCUCCAGUCAGCAUGUGGCCUUCAACAUUACCUCCAACUUCCUUCAGGAUACUGAUGGGUGGCUUGGUGAAUUCUCAGGACAUCAUGAAGCCCCUCUGAUAUGGAAAGAGGGAGAAGUUUAUCUUCUACCGUUUAGUGAGGAGGAUGUCGGGUACUUCAAAGCACCAGCAAAGUUUCUUGGGAACCAACUGCUAAGUUAUGGCCAGGACCUCACUUUAUCAUUUACGGCUGAAUUGAGGGAGCUCUUGCCCGAAACUGUAACUGUGGUUCUCGAAGGUUCUGGAGUAUCAGUCAGAGCCAACCUGUUUUCGAAGCUGUAUGUGGAUAGUGACCCUAGCCACACCCCUCAUAACAUCUUCAAACUAAGGUUAACCGAAACAGAGGUGAAUCCAUCACUCGCUCCGUUUGAGUUUCGACAUUUGCUCAUCAAUCUGACUGCGCUGCACAUCAGCAAUGUGGGAGGACAAAACUAUACCUCCCAGCUGUCUGGGGUGACACUGACCUCUGCAACACUGACUGAGUCCUACUCUGACAUCCCUCUCACUGCACCUGCCCCAUGGGUUGAGGUGUGUGCGUGCCCACUAGGAUUUAUUGGGCAAUUCUGUGAGCUGUGUGCUCCAGGUUUUACCCGAGCUAGUCCUAAUGGCGGACCAUAUUCACCCUGUGUGCCAUGUAACUGUAAUCAGCAUGGGUUGUGCCAUCCAGAAACAGGUGUCUGUGACUGCACAGACUUCACGACUGGUCCCUCUUGUGAGCGUUGUCAGGAUGGUUACUUUGGGAACGUACUGACUGGCAGUCCAGGAGACUGUGUGCCCUGCCCCUGCCCAAGCCAUACCGCUUGUGCCCAGGUGCCAGAGACGGGAGAGGUGGUAUGUACCAAUUGCCCAGCAGGACAAAGGGGAACCAGAUGUGAGUUAUGUGAUGACGGUUUCUUCGGUGACCCGCUUGGCUGGAAUGGCGAGUUGCGGCUGUGUGUGAAGUGCGACUGUAAUGAGAACACGGACCCCAACGAUGUGGGUGUGUGCGAUCACGUGAGUGGACGCUGCCUUAAAUGCUUAGGGCACACAGCCGGCGACCGAUGUGAAAAAUGCCAGAGCGGUUACUAUGGGAAUGCUCUGGAUAGGAGUCUGAGGCCUUUCCAGAAGUGUCUGCCUUGCGUCUGUAACCCUGCUGGCACUCUGGGGUCAGUGAAUAAAUGUGAUCCACGCACAGGAAGAUGUUUGUGCCUGAGACAUGUGACAGGAAGAAAUUGUGGACAGUGUGAUUUUGGCUAUUUUAACCUGCAGCAAGGGCUGGGCUGUGACAGCUGUAAUUGCAAUCCCAUUGGCUCCUCAUCCCCAGGGUGUCAUCCAAUCACAGGCCAGUGUACAUGUCGGGCAGGUAUCGAGGGCAAAAUGUGCGAUGCCUGUCAAAUGGGAUUCUUUGGCUUUUCCUCCAGAGGCUGCAGAGCCUGUAAUUGUGACCCAAUGGGAUCAGUGUCAAUGCAGUGCCAUGACAACGGGACAUGCCAGUGUCGCCGCGGUUUUGUGGGUUACAAGUGUGACAAGUGUGAGCUGAACCACUACCAACAUCCUUUAAAUCAUCAGUGUGAGGAGUGCCCUGUUUGCUACAGUCUCAUCAGAGACCAGGCGACAAAACUUAAAAGCCAACUGUACAGUUUAGAGAGACUGCUUUCCCACUAUGACUGCCGGGGCUUCAGGCACAGGAUCUACGUGCGCCCGAAUCCCGUGCUUCAGCAUCACGGGCAUGACAAUCAUUUGCACAAGCAUCAAGGCGAGGAUUACUUACCUAAUGCGCUGGAGGAUUUUCUGGCCAUCCAUGAGGCCCAGGAAGCUUUUAUCAGCCAGUUCACACAGCUGGAAACCUCUGCACAAGCCCUACAGCUGCAGCUGCAUGACUUUGCCAGUAUAAUGAAUUGCAGCCUCUUGAAGGAGGAAGGAAGCAUGAGCAUCGAGGAGGAGAAUAAGACGCCGAAGGCGAGGAAUGAGUGCCCGGUUCUUGUGGACACGUUUGCUGCUGUAACAGAAACGCAUUCACAGCUUCAGAAAAUGACCUCGGACCUUAACAACCUAAUAAUCCCAUUCAUUAUCCCGAAAGGCCUGACAGAAUGGAACACCCUUGUGAAUGAAUCAGAAGCUUUGGUGAAGAGUCACAAAGAAAUGGCUGCUCAUAUUGAAGGACUAGCCAUAGCGGCUUUAAACAAGUCUAACAAAACGUAUUCCACACUGCUGGAUCUACUGGAUGAUAAUUCAACACAGCGGCAUUCGGAAGCACUUACGGCGCGACUGUUGGAGAUGCAGCAGUUGAAGGAGAACCUCACACGCCAAGCGAAUGAGACCCGGGCUGUCUACCUGUCAGUGGAGGAGCAGAACAAAGAAGCCGAGGCCAUUUUACAAAGUGUUACCUCCACUUUCCCACAGCACAAGGACUUAAAUAACAACCCCCUGAACACAACCUCCGCAGAGCAGCUCAGUGAAGCAUAUAAUACAAUAACACAGGAUACACAGCUGAUCCAGAGUCUAGACCUGGCCAACAGGACGUCUGAGUUGGUUUUGCUGAUCGAGUCUAAAGAACAGUUGCUAAAUAAGACCAGAGUGGAGUUAGAACACCGGCUGGAAAAUGCACGCAACAAACUGAACGCCAGUGACGAGUUCCCGCAGAUGACAGCACUUGCCCAGGGGCUUAGAGAGACAGCCCUUACAUCAGUAGUGGAAGGAAAGAAGAUAGAGUCAGAGGCAUUCUCUCUCCACCGACAUAUAGAAGGUUUAGAAAAGGAGUGGCCUGUUUUGCAUACUCGGACCCGGGCAGCUCUGAAGCGAGAGGGUUUUGUGGAGGAGAAGGUCUUGACAGAGGUGAAAAAGAAAGUGAAGCAUGCUGAGAGGGCACUCAAUGCUGCACUGGGGAAUGUGACACAAGCGAGGGACACAGCAACACAGGCUCAGAAGACAGCUAAUUCCAUAGCUAAGGAUGCUAAAGCUGCUUUGUCCCAGGGCAAGCAGACGAGAAAGGUGUCUGCUCAACAGAACACAGCCGUGAAUGCAGCCAUGCAGCAGCUGAAAGAGCAGGAGAAUUUAGCUGCUCAGGUAGCGGCAGACAUGCAAGACGAGGCUGAUGUUUCUUUGAAGGGAGUGAUGGGCAGCAUGGAAUCAGCCAAGAGUCAGCUGGAGGGGUUUGCAAAUAUGCUAGCCAAGCUACUUGGUCAAAUAGAAAAGAAUACAGACGUAGAGAAGUAUGAUCGUGUGCUGAACGAGACUGAGGCUCGUCUCCGAGUUCUCCGGGGCAGUGUGGAGAGCCCGGUGCUGAACAGGAAGUUUCAGAUACUUCUUGGAGCUGCUGAUGCACAACAAAAACAGCUGAAGGAACUUGAAAAGAAUCUGCAAGACAUCCAAGAGGAGCGGGAUAGCCUAAAUGAUAUUGCUAAGAAUCUACCUAAAACAUGCCCAGAGAGGAGCUAAAUAAGGGGAAGAGAAGAGGAUGGGGAAUAUAAACAAUGUGUGUAUAAUAUUCCUUAAAUAUUUGAUUUGAGUACAUUAGAUGGAUGUAGAGGAAAUAUGAAUGGGGCGCGCUCUAUAAGAAUUCAUCCAUGCAGUUAGAUUUUUAGCCACGUGGUGUCGCCAAAUAUACACGUUCUUCAGUUCUUAAGAAGUUGGUUUUCUGACAUUUACAUUAUACACUGCAACCAUGUACGUUUGAAUUACUGUCUAUGUAUUACAAACCAGGCUAAUGUCCAAUAAACGAGUUUGAACGUC